ACAGUGUCUGAGAUACCUUCCCUCAUUGACCCUGCCUUAGCGCUUUAACCUUUUUGGGCUGCUAGUGUACCAAACUGGAGAGAGAGAGAGAGAGAGAGAGAGAGAGAGAGAGAUAGCGAGAGAGCAAGAGAUUGGUUGAAUUUUGAAGGGUUUUGGAGAAGAAAAUCAAAAUGGCAAUAUGUGGAGAUUUAAGGGUCUCAGCAGCACCAAUGGGUUUCCGUUUUAAGCACCCUUUUGGAGCCUCUCUUCCACCCUCCAAGGUACGGUUUAAGCAUUUUACUAAUGGUGGAUCUGAUAGUUCUGAAAUUAUGCCAAAAUGGUCUUGUAUGGAAAUGGAAAGGUAUAAAACAUGGUGCCAUUAUAACCAGCCUUUUGGGGUAACAGGAGCAAAUAGGCUUCCUAUGGAACCCAUUACCCAAGAUGCAGAGGGUUUCCUCCACAAAAUGACAAGCAUGAGCUUCUUUGAGCGUUUAAACUUGGCAUGGAAGAUACUGUUCCCAUCACCUACAACUAGAAGGAACUCAAAUGCAAGAAUUGCCAAGCAGCGUUUGAAGAUGAUCCUCUUCUCAGAUCGAUGUGUAGUUAGUGAUGACGCAAAGCAGAAGAUUGUGAGCAACAUUGUGGGUGCUCUAUCUGAAUUUGUGGAGAUAGACUCACAAGAUAAAGUUCAUCUUAAUGUCUCAACAGAUCCAGAUCUUGGGACUGUCUACUCCAUCACAGUGCCUGUUCGGCGUGUUAAGUCUAAAUAUCAAGAUGAGGAUGAGGAUGAGGAUAGGAUCAUAACCAAUAUCGAAUACAAAGACACUGGGGAGAGAUCUGACUCGGUUGAUGUUAGGUUUGAUUUUUUCGUUCCUAAUGAAAACUCUCAGUAAUUUGUAAAAUUGGUUUCUUUCCAGUGUGCAGAAAAGCUGAACAUGCUCAUUUGCAUUCUAGCUAGAAAAGGGGUAUUUUCCGAGUAAGACAAAUUUUGUUGUUGAGCUGGUUGGAUGAUGAGUUAUAUUAGAGAUUAUGAGUUAUAUUAGAAGAUUCGAUUGUAAAUGGAAAAAAAUUGCUCUUA